AUGUUGCUAACGUUCCUUCUAUUCUCCUUAACACUGAAUGUUUUGGCUGCGCCCGGGAGCUCAACGAGUGCCCCCGGGCCGGCCCCUCCAGCCACUUCGGAUCCGGCGCCAGCUCCCCCAAGUUCGGUCCCCGUUAGUCCAGGAAAUGCUACGAUAGGUCCGAGCCCCGUCACUCCCGGCAACGUUACAAUAGAACCGGGCCCCGUGAGUCCAGGCAAUGUUACAAAAGGUCCGGGCUCCGUGAGCCCAGGCAAUGUUACAACACCACCCGCUCCGGUGACUGGAACUAGUCAAAAAGUAGAUCCAAGUGCACCCACUGCCAAUCCAGCUACGCCCUCAAGAGGACCCUCAAGUCCAGUUACUCAGCCCGUAGAAACAACGACCCAAUCCUUCAUUAACCAUAAAGUUUUGAAGAAAUACAUGGUAAGUGGCUUGUUUCUUGGGAAAAAUAGUGCAGAAUACGGUCGAAACGCGGGUACUGGCUUUCUUAUGGUAUUUACAACCAAUUCAAACCAAAUUAGCAGGGGUUACAUGACUUCAGAAUUAACAAUGAUCAUUCUUUUGACCCUAGCUGAGGCCUUGGCCACCCGCUGACCAAAAUUUACUCAACAUCUCGCAGCUUCUGUAUAUUGCAAUACCAAAUUUGUAGAAGCAAAUCUUGAGCCCGCUUCACCUAUCACUGCAAAAUAUGAACUCAAUCCAACCAAUUCUCUCAGAGUCAUGUGGCCUCAAUUUAUAUUAUACAUGAGAAUGUUGACAUUAUCAAAAAAAAGUGUUUCAGUUCACCGCCACAGCGUUCUGGCCAGUAAGCCAGCUCUCCAAAUACUGUUCAAAAUACAACUUAUCGCCUGCGGUAAUUCCGGACGAACAAUCGAAUCAAAUCAUUAACAGUAGGUUGCUUAAACGCCGUCGUAAGUUGCUCUCAACUCAUCUAAAGCACUCUUUUGAAGCUCGUUUGAAUCUGGAGGGCCAAGAUGGGAGGCAUUUUAUGGAUGGAGUACCUCUGGUUCCGCAUGCUGCGAUCGGGCUCAUCUUCGACAAAGAGAAAAACAAGUUUACUUGGCUGGAUGGAAAAAGUGAGGUCAAUUACACCAACUUCCUCAAUCCCAAUGAGAAAGACGAAGCGCCGAAAAGGGAGAAGAACAGCUAUUACGUGCAGAUGCUGCACUGUCCGCCGGAAGAGAGAGGGAAAUGGCUCUAUGUAAAUGAAACUGUCUACACCACGGUCCUUUUGUGUAAUCACAAGUCCGAAUAA